GCGCAUGCGCCGGGCUCCCAUUUCCUUAGGGACCGGACGGCUCGGCUCCGCUUGGCGGCCGCUUUGUUCUCGCUGGCAGGGUCGAGCCGGCGGCUUGUGUGAGUCAGUGUCACCGCCCUCAGGUGCCGCUGGAUCCCGGCUGCGGCCCUCUUGUUUUCCCCCCCUCCCCUUUCCCCAACCCCCAUCCCCCCCACCCGCCUGCCGAAAUCCCAUCAUAGGAGGCUCCAGCUCCAAGAUGUCCAGCCGAGCCGUCUGCCGAGAGGCCAGUCACGCCGGGAGCUGGUACACGGCCUCAGGAGCUCAACUGAACGCACAAUUAGAAAGCUGGCUUGCCCAAGCACAACCCACUGGGAGGCCAGCUAGAGCCAUCAUUGCACCUCAUGCAGGAUACACAUACUGUGGAUCUUGUGCUGCUCAUGCUUAUAAACAAGUGGAUCCAUCCAUCACACGCAGAGUUUUUAUCUUGGGACCAUCGCACCAUGCGCCUCUUUCUCGCUGUGCUCUAUCCACUGCAGAUAUUUAUAGAACGCCUUUGUAUGAUCUACGCAUCGAUCAAAAGAUUUAUGGAGAACUGUGGAAGACGGGAAUGUUUGAACGGAUGACUAUUCAGAUAGAUGAAGAUGAACAUAGUAUUGAAAUGCAUCUGCCUUACACAGCUAAAACCAUGGAGAGCCAAAAAGAUGAGUUAACCAUUGUUCCCGUUUUGGUUGGAGCCCUGAGUGAUUCCAAAGAGCAGAUGUACGGGGAACUCUUCAGUAAAUACCUAGCGGAUCCUCUAAACCUCUUUGUGAUUUCAUCAGAUUUCUGUCACUGGGGGCAGCGUUUUCGAUACACACAUUAUGAUGAGAGUCAAGGGGAGAUCUACAGAUCGAUUCAGCACUUGGAUAAAAUGGGUAUGGAUAUUAUAGAGCAAUUAGACGCUGUGUCAUUUAACAACUAUUUGAAGAAAUACCACAACACUAUCUGUGGUCGCCACCCAAUUGGGGUUCUUCUCAAUGCGGUAGCAGAAUUGAGGAAGAAUGGGAUGAACAUGGCGUUCUCCUUCCUGAACUAUGCCCAAUCAAGUCAAUGCAAAAACUGGGAGGAUAGCUCCGUUAGCUAUGCCGCGGGUACUUUGAUGGUCCACUGAAUCAUCGCUACUCAGGAAAGCCACUGCAUCCUCAGACUCCUGGUCCCAGCCUUCCCUCGAAGACAUACCUCCAUUAUUUGGAGCUAUCUAACAUUGAACUUUUGAACUUUCUUCUUCCUUGAGGUGUAGUCCCUCAUAGUUUUGAUUGACAUGUGCUUUUUCUUUGUUUUCUUCUUUACGCUGAAGUGAGGUACAGGAUGACGUAAAGUAGUGAUAAGUUGGCCAAUGCUGACCCUGUAAAACCGAAGACGUGUACUUGCUUACAGAUAGUUCUGCAGGAUGUGGGUGAGAGUGUACCGUUUAUAUUCACGUCAGUUGCAUUUAUAAUCUCAUACCAUAGUUACUCAAGAUAUAAGCUGCAGUGCAAACAGCUGCUGCCAACAUUGUAUAAGGUUUUUUGUUUAGUUGCUAAUAAAGGGCUACACACACCAAAAUGGUCUUAUGAUUUAGAUUUCCUGCUAUCCAAUGUGUAAUCUGAAUUUUGUCACUAACUGUAGUGUUUUUAUUACCUAUUUUUAAAAACAAUUAAAGUUUAAUUCUUUUCUUGA